UGGGCUUGGAAAUUUGAAACUUCCUGGCUUGAGAAGCGGACGGUUGCUUGGAGGCGUUUCCAGGGAGAGAUGCUUUCAGGACCUUUGGGAUAAGGCUGUUUUCUAGGCACGGGUAAGAUGCUUUGGACUGCAACUCCCAGCAUGCAAACAAAGGCGAGGGACACCCAGUAAGCUGGAAGAGAUCCCCCUGCUCCUUGGCUCCGGACGGAUCUGGGGACAGAUGGGCUGGAGAGACCCGUUCUUCCUGCUAUCGCUUGUACUGAAGCAUUUCCUGGUAUUUCCCGAAGUUUUGGCAUCCCUGGAAUCAGAUGGAGGCUGGCUGACUAGCAGGCACUCCGCUCUAUCGGAAGAGGAGAGCUGCACCGUGGAGAGAAGAGACGCCACCCUCACUUACGCCCAGUUCAUUGAGCAGUACGCCUUCUCCAGGCCAGUGAUACUCCAGGGAAUAACCAACAAUACAGAAUUCCAGGCCUACUGCACCAAGGAGAAGCUGUUGGCCAGGUUUGGAGAUCACCUGGUCCGACUCAGCACAGCCAACACCUACUCUUAUCGCAAAGUCGACUUGCCCUUCCAGGAUUAUGUGGAUCAGUUGCUGGAACCGCAGGAUCUGGAUUCCCUGGGGAGUGAAACCCUGUACUUCUUUGGGGACAAUAACUUCACAGAGUGGGGGUCUCUCUUCCAGAAGUACCGCCCCCCUCCAUUCCGGCUCCCGGGCACUACCGGAGCAUACAGCUUUGGGAUUGCUGGCUCCGGCUCAGGGGUGCCUUUCCACUGGCACGGGCCGGGAUACUCUGAGGUGAUCUUUGGCAGAAAGCGCUGGUUUUUGUAUCCCCCAGAGAAAACACCAGAGUUCCAUCCCAACAAGACCACUUUGUCUUGGCUGCUGGACACAUACCCUUAUCUGCCCCCCUGGGAGAGACCCAUUGAAUGCACCAUUCACCCCGGAGAGGUCCUGUACUUCCCGGACCGCUGGUGGCACGCCACCCUCAACCUGGACACCAGCGUUUUCAUCUCCACAUUCCUAGGUUAGGAAAUCCAUUGGGUGUCCUCUGGGAUGCCAGUCGUUUUCUCCGGCAGCUAAAUGAAGAAACUUGAUUUAUCUCUUUGGGACACACAGCCAGCCCUGCUGGCUCUCUUGGACUCUCUCGUGUGGCAUUGUGUAGCUCAGGUGUGAGCGGAAGGAAUAUUGUGGGUGUUUUGGCCAGUUUCCAGUGGACAGGCUGGGGUCUGCGGGGAUGCUAGGUGGCCCUUGACCUGACCUUGCCUUGUACUAUGGGUGUUCAUAACCAAAACAGAACUCAAAGCAUCCCUCAACAUUCAUAAUCUUUGGAUGACUGAGCGCUCACGUGAGUACGGUUGCUUUGUCUAUUGGAAACACGAUGGUGGGAGAUAAAAACCGGGCUGCUCAGAGUGGGCUAGCGCUCAGAAUGGCAGAGGAUUCCUAAGAGCCCCCCUCCAGCCCUGAUCUGGUUUGAUGGGUGCUUCCUGAAUUGGCUGAAUGUCCUUUGCCAUUAGCUGUUCCUCUGAGGAACCACUCCAUCAGGAAGUUCUUCUUAAUGUUUAGUUGAAAACUCUUUUAAUUCCCACCUGUUGGGAAUUAAAGCUUGCCCUUCUCGAUCCCUGGUCUCCAGGGCUUUUAUUGCAGCUGGAACUCCUUUGCCUAUUAGGCCACAUACCCCCGAUGUAGCCAAUCCUCCAAGAGCUUACAGGGCCGACUGUAAGCUCCAGGAGGAUUGGCUACAUCAGGGGUGUGUGGCCUAAUAGGCAAAGGAUCUCCUGCUACAAAAAAAAAUCCCUGCUGUCUUCCCCUUCGCAUUCCCCUCCCAGUGUCUUAGAUGACCCAUAGAAACAGGGCUGUGAAUCAAAUGCCUAGUUUAGGACCUUGGAAAAUAGUUCCUGUUCAGUUCCCAGCUGACGUCUGUCUGCUCAUCCCCCCCGGGGUAGCUCUUCCCUAGGUGGACAAAAGGCCCGUCCUGUAGAAAUUCACCCUUUUUAAAAUGUUCACCCUUUUUAAAAGGGGCUUUUAAAAUGUUCCCCUCCUAGGCCUAAUCGAGCAAACAGAAAGCCAGCCCCACGACUCCCAAGUGACACGUGCAUUUCAAAGCCCAGGACCUUCUUUUGCUCGAUGUCGAUUUGCGCUUAAGGCGAGAAGGGAGCAGACGCUGCCAACGUAUUCUUCCUGGCCCUGCUCCUGUGCUUUUUAACAGCCGCUUGGCAUGAACAAAUUUAGCACGCGGUUUGUCUCCAUUCUGAACUGCAUGCUAAAUUCGUGCAUACCAGGCGGCUGCUUAAAAGCACAGGAGCAGGGCCAGGAAGGAUAAGUUGGCAAUGUCAAUUCCUUUCUCACCUUAAGCGCAAGUUGACGUGUUGUGCUAGAGACGCAGGGGCAGGCCUGUUAAAAACUUAGCGACUCAUCUUACUAGCACGAAAUACAGACGCUCAAGGUUCAGGUUUUUUUUUCCUUCUCCCUGCCUCAUCCUACUCGCACUUGCCUUACCCCAUAAACCGCUCAGUGAGCAAAAGAUUCUUCCCCUGCAAUUCAGAUCAUUGUAGCUUUGUAAACGUUUGCCCCCACCCCCUCCGGUUUUUGUUUUAAGGACCACCUGCAAAUUUCUAGCUGGCUAAGACAGAGCAAAGGCAGUGAAUACACCUGGCAGACAGGACAGACGUUGUCUCAUCUUAGAAUGCCUGAAGUGAAAUUUUAGCCAGUGGCUGCUGGUCUGAAGUUCAGACGCUCCAGCUUAUUCGAGCUGAUCUCCUACACAAAGAGAGGUUGAAGGACCAGUUUCUAAAUACCCCCCCCUCCCCGGUUUCAAAACCAGAAACUGUGGUCACACCAAAGUCUUCCUUCUCUGAAAGCAAGGGACUCAAUCCAAACCGUUAAAACGUAACAGGCAGAGGAUUGACACCAGUUACUUCCUUUUCCUGCUACAAACCCACCCAACUCUGGGUUCCAGAACUAAUGUUUGGCCAGCUUACGGGGUUGCAGUGAGAGGCAGGAGAGCAGCAGAAAUCCCCGCCUCCUUUUAAGAAAAUUGUUCAGGUGUCUUUACCUGUAUGGUCGGACACAGGUCAGUUUUUGGUCUUGUGAAAAAGGCAGUGAGGAAACGUAAUUCCACAACCCAGAGCGGUCCUAAAAAUAGGCUAUACGAAAGCAACAGCACUUGGUUGAAGUCUUCCCAUUUUGCCAGUUUUGGAUUUCACAGAGCUUGGCGCCGGAUAGAUCCAGGAGGUGGAACCUUGUCAGUCGCGGGGUGUGUGUGUGUGUGUAUGCGAGUGUGCUUUUUACACUUUGCUUCUGUUGACCCUGACAGCCUGUGUCCAAAACCCCUCCCCCCAAAACAUAUGCCCAGCCGUUGGCGGUGCUAGCAACAAAGUCUGUGCUUCCCAAACCAGCUAUUCCCACUUGUGCUGUUUCUCUCCAGCAGUACCGUGGCACCAUCUCCUGAACAAAUGCACUAAGGACGGAGAGAGGUCCUGUCUUAUUUAUUAAACGGAGUUGUAGCACCACGA